GCAGCAUCCUCAAAGAUGAUUGGUCGUCAUUAAUGUCCGUUCAAACUGUGACUUCCGGUCUGGGAGGUUGCUAGGUAACACAAGUCCGCUUGCUAACGCUGCUGCUAACGAGCUAACUGGCUGGCUAGCGCUGAUUGGUUUUCGUGAAUUUAUCCGCUUUUGGCUCAUUUGAAGCCGUGAAAACUACCACUUUGGCAUCAUGAUGACGAUAAAAGACGGGGAGUACACUGCUACAAUCUAUAAACUGAUUAAGGACAGCCAGUAUGUUGAGGCCAUUCACAUCCUCAACAGCCAACUUCAAAAGCACACUCGGUCCCGGGCAGCGUUGUCCCUUCUUGGCUUCUGCUACUACCAUGUUCAGGACUUCAGUGGCGCGGCCGAGUGCUACGAACAGCUUACGCAGCUGCACCCCGAGGUGGAGGACUAUCGGGUGUACUACGCCCAGAGCCUGUACAAGGCGGGCGCCUACGCUGAGGCCACCAAGGCCUCGUUCGCCCUGGACACGCCAAGCAGCCACACCAAGAUGAUCAAACUACAAGCCUCCAUUAAAUACUUUGAAGAGAAUCACUCUGCUGCCAAGUGCCUUGUUGAGCAACUUCCCCCGGAGGACACCGACUACGUGCACAACAUGGGCUGCUUGCUCUACCAGGAUGCCAAAUACGAGGAUGCCUGCAAGAAGUUCACGUCAGCAAUGCAGGUGCUGGGAGAUGUGCCUGCGCUGUCAUACAACAUCGCUCUCUGCUACUACAGACUCAGCAACUACGCACAGGCCCUCAAAUACAUCGGGGAAAUCAUUGAGCGAGGCAUCCGAGAGCAUCCAGAGCUGAGCGUGGGCCUGACGACGGAGGGCAUUGACGUGCGCAGCGUGGGCAACACGCUGGUGCUACAUCAGACUGCCCUGGUGGAGGCCUUCAACCUCAAGGCUGCCAUCGAGUAUCAGCUGAAGAACUUGAAAGGAGCUCAGGAUGCUUUGACGGACAUGCCGCCGAGAACAGAGGAGGAGCUGGACACGGUGACGCUGCACAACCAAGCCCUUCUCAACAUGGACAGCAAGCCGUCUCAGGGCUUUGAGAAGUUGGCCUUCCUGCUUCAGCAGCCGUCCUUCCCGCCCGUCACUUUUGGCAACCUGCUGCUGCUCUACUGCAAACAUGAGUAUUUUGAUCUGGCAGCCGACGUCCUGGCCGAAAACGCACACCUCACCUACAAAUUGCUCUCUCCGUAUGAGUAUGAGUUUCUCGACGCCUUGCUGACAUGCCAGACAGCACCUGAGGAGGCCUUCAGAAAAUUUGACGACAUGAUUGGCAAAAUGACUGAGAAGCUGCGCAAGCUGGCCAAGCAGCUGCAGGAGGCCAAGACGGCUCGAGACGACGACGGGCAGAAGAAAGCCCUCCAGGAGUACGACACCAUGCAGGAGAAGUAUAUCGUGGUCCUGAUGGCCCAAGCCAAAAUCUACUGGAACCGUGAGAACUUUGCCAUGGUGGAGAAGAUCUUCCACAAGUCCAUGGAGGUGUGCAACGAGGACGACACGUGGAGGCUGAACGUGGCCCACGUGCUCUUCAUGCAGAACAAGUACAAGGAGGCCGUCAGCUUCUACGAGCCCAUCGUCAAGAAGCACUACAACAACAUCUUGAACGUGAGCGCUGUGGUCCUGGCCAACUUGUGCGUGUCCUACAUCAUCACCAGUCAGAAUGAAGAGGCUGAGGAGCUGAUGAGGAAGAUCGAGAAGGAGGAGGAGCAGAUUUCCUACGACGACCCCGACAAGAAAUUCUUUCACUUGUGCAUCGUCAACCUGGUCAUCGGCACAUUGUACUGCACCAAAGGCAACUACGAUUUUGGUAUCUCUCGCGUCAUCAAGAGCUUGGAGCCUUACAACAAGAAGUUGGGGACGGACACGUGGUUCUACGCCAAGCGCUGCUUCCUGUCUCUGCUGGAGAACAUGUCCAAGCACAUCAUCACACUGAAGGGGGUGAUGGUCCAAGAGUGCAUUCAGUUCUUGGAGAACUGUGAAGAGUACGGAAGGGAAGUGCCCGCCAUCAUCGAGCAGCCGCUGGAGGAGUCUCGAGUCCAAAUGGGCAAAAACACGGUCACCUACGAGGCUCGGCUACUCAAGGCCCUCUUUUACAAAGUCACCAGCUGGAACGAGUAACCACGACACAACCAAAGACCACACCGCACACUCUUGAAGUGGACCUUUUAUAUGGGAUGGAUGGAGUGUUUCGUUCGACACACACCGUUGCCUCAUGUACACAAAAAGCCUUAAAUACUUCAAUAUACAGUAUAAUGCUUCACAUACGAUACAUAAUAAUUGACAUGGAAAUAAUACAGGCAGCUUCGUCGUCUCAGUUCAUCUCACUAGAUGUUAUUUAUAUCACUUUUUUGUUUGUCUGUUAGCAGGACAGUUCACAAAGAACACAAAGGGUAAAAAGGUAUCGAUGAAAAAGGGCCUUGGUGGAGUUCUACGUGACACUGAGGGACUUUCUCAACCUUAAAUGUAGAUUUGUUGCCACCCUAAUGGAUUUAUAGUCUGAGAUUUCCCGGAGAGAAAAAGCAGGCGGGCAGGAAGAAAGCUUCCGUUUCAGGCGUGCUGUGGGAUCAGGCGAUCAGGAAAGGGGCCUCUUGGUUAUGUCCUGCUCCGUCAGGUAGAAGUUUAAAUAUCCUCCCAGGGCGCCAACCGCCACCGCUGUCAUGUGACUGGAGCAGCCAUCUUGAGACAAGAAAGACGCAGUAUGGGAUGCAACGAGUGACGACAAAUGUCGAGAUUUGCGUGGACAAAAUAAAUCGUGAACAAGUCCGGAAUGACGUCGGAAAAUAGUGAAACGCCAAGUUAAAAACCAGAAAAAAAGAAUCGGUCAAAAAAUCGUCAGGUAGGACAAGUUAAGAACCAGUCAAGAACUAUGUCACCAACAAAACACAAAGUCAAGAGCCAUGUCAAAAAACUGAAGUACAAGUGAAGAAUUGGUCAUCACCCAAAUCCACAACCAGUCAAGAACUACACUGAAAAGUAAAAACCAAGUCAAGAACUGGUACAAGUCAAAACCAAAUUCAAAACGAGUUGGCCUGUUUGUUGAUUGUUGACUUGUUCCUGGUUCUCGUCUCUUCUUAGACUCGUGCAGGACUGAUUGUUAACUUGGGAUUUGACUGUUUUCUGUUGUUUGUUUUUGUUUAUCACCAUGUUAUUGACUGAUUGUUCACUGCUUUUUUUCUGACAUAGUUCUUGACUUGUUCUCGUCUGUUCUUGGACUGAACCAGGACUGGUUCGUGGACCUUCAUUGCUUCCUUUUUUUUUUUUUAAACCUGGUUACUGACCUGGUACCAAUACUGUUUUGGCUUCCUUGCUAUUUUAUUUUUUUUACAGUAAUACUUGGAAAUGGCAAACCUGAUUAGCAACAACUCCAGAUCAGUUGUUGUUCUUAUAAUAAAUACAAAUUUACUGACAGUCAAAAA